ACUGCUGUGAUCAGUCGUCAGCCAGACUCGGCAGAAGGAGCACGUGUCUUGUGUGUUUGGUGGAGCGUCUCUGGCGGCGCUCAUGCUUGAUACACACUCCUAGACACCACACAAAUAACAUAACCUCUUAUACCAUACUCCAGCCUACCAAGAACCUCCUACAGUAUCACGUCUGGAUUACCCUACAGGAGGAUAGUACUCGUCACCAAGGUUCCUCGGGUUCCAAGUUUGAUGACGCACUAACGUGUCCAGUAAGUGAGGCGAGCAGAGACGGGAUGGCCGGCGCGUGUCUCUUGUUGCUCCUGCUGGGUUUGGUGAGAAAUGGAGUCCCCGGGACUUUGGGGGAGAAGAGUGAAGUGGGGCUCACCUUGGAGAACUGGGCAGCUGCUAUCCACACCGUGGCGCCAGCAACCCACCAACUACACGCUGCAACACAACUGAGCAUUGAAGCAAAAGAUGAAGAAGGUACCAAUAUUGAAGUAAUGUCUGCGGAAAAUAACGAUAAAGGUGACAACGAAGAGAAUGGAACAACAUAUGAAGAUAAAGGAGAAAGAACAAAAAAUGAAUCCAUAAAGGAAGGUAAAAAGGAAGAAGUAACUGGUAAUGGGGCGGAGUCUGCCAGUGACUCCUCCCCGAAUGUCGCUACCUCCCGCAUGUUAUUGGUAGAUGAGGAUUCGGUUCCAACGUUCAAGUCCACCUCCAGUACCCAGGACCUGCUUACCUGGCGCCUCAAGAAUACAAGCCUCCUUGAAGAACUCACCAAUAAGAUCUUCGGGAGCGGUGAGGAUCUGGAGAGCGUCAACAGGGGAGGAGAACCAGCAGUAGGGGUCGACGGUGGUACUAAGGGAGGAGCAGUCGAACAGACCACCAACAGCAGUCAGAACGAGGCCGCAUCUAAGGUGGUGGUAACGCGAGUGUCUGCACCUGAGGAAUUCCUUUACCAACCUGGGGAAGAUGUCAUCUGUAACACCCAGAAAUCGGCGAUAUGUAUGUCUGCUAACGAGACUCUGGAACUCCGGCAGCAACUUCUGCAAGACCUAGAAACCUCCUUCAAUGCCCCCCUUCCCUCUAGGAUCCGCUACCGCCUCAAGAAGAAACCCUCCAUUUAUACGUCCAAGAAGCCUGGCAGUACCCGUUUUGACAUAGGAAUCCCAGACAUCUACGAAACAGAAGUUUCGGUUACGCCCAAGGACCUCCAGCAGCCUCACCCCAGGCCCACCAUUGGCUACUCUGACGAAGUUUAUGGCUUUGCUGCUGACAGAAAGUUCCAGCAGUAUGUCCUGCCUAAAUCUCCAGAGUAUGUCCCUCUGGGAGCCUUGGUAACGCCAGGGUAUACAGAUAAUGCAGGUAAAGGCAUAACCAAACCUUACAUCCCUCUCAACAGGAACCAUGGGACCGACAAAUCUAGUCUGGUGUUCCGGCCUCCUCGACGUCCACCAGGUAGUCAGCGUCGUCGUACGAACGGCCUUCUUCGCCGACCAACCGCUGGUGGACCUCACUACUUCACACCUGCACCAGAGCGUGUGAGUCUGCAAGCGCAUCUUCAGUAUCGGCGACCCGUCUCUUUCAAGUAUAGUAGGACAGAUGCAUUACCCCAGGGUGACUCCGGCCAACACUCCACGACAACACAGAGGGUCUACACUACCGAGGCCUACCCCGACAUCAGCUCCAUUUCACCCCACUUAAUACCUGCCAUUACAGCCACUCCUGAUCAUGCCAGUAGCAUUGCUGCUACAACAGAAGGUUACAAAAAGCCCCCACAAACGUACUUGCCUCCAGAGCUUGAGUAUAUUCCCCUUCAAUCCACACCGUCCAAAGCAAAGACACAGAACCACACUAAACCCUCCGACCAUUACCUGCCACCAAAUAAAGAGUAUAUACCUCCAGUGAGUCUGCAUCAGGAACCAAAAGCUGAAUACAAGCCCCCAGUAGAAGACCAUUACGUACCUCCUCAAAAGUAUCUUCCACCCAGUAACGAAUAUGUUGCCCCAGUUUCACCACAUAGGAACGAGACGUACACUCAGCCAUCGCAGACGUACCUGCCACCUCAAAAAGAAUAUGAUGCCCCUGAAAGUGAGUAUGAAUAUUCUUUGAAGACUCAGACUCCUCCUCAGCCGAAGUAUCAACAACCCAACCAAGGAUAUGAGGCUCCUAAACCUGAGCCAAAACCACCAAAUGAGACCUACAAUGAGCCUUCGCGCAAGUACCUUCCCCCCACCAGAGAAUAUGGUUCUACAAAAAGUGAACAUAAUACUCCCAGCCAAGUUCACAAAGAACAGCUUGGAAACCAUUUUCCACCUAUUAGAAUAUAUAUGGCGCCACCCAAAAGACCUCAUCUACCAUCCAUAGGUCACAAAUCUCCAGGAGAAGGUUAUGCUGCACCGCCCAGAAAAUAUCUUCCACCAAAUAUAGACUUUGAGCCGCAGCGGAGGUUACCGGGGAGUGGACGACCCCCUCACCGACAACGUCGACCGGGCAAUAGAAGAAGGAAGCACAGGAAACGUCCAACUCCCCCAACAAGAAACUAUCUUCCACCUAAUAAAGAAUACAUAGUUCCAAAGCCUGACGCCCCUCACAUUCCUGGAGUUUCCCAUCCUACCAAAGCACCAGUGGAGUAUAAGACUCCACCUGGAAAAACGUAUGUGCCACCUAGUAAAGAAUAUUUACCUCCAAAGAGUGAAGACUCGCAUAUCCAUUCAGACUCUUUUUCAAUGACCACAAUGUCAUCACUUCUUUACACACUCCCUGCAAGAACCUACCUACCGCCCCAUCGCAAUUACCACACACCAAUUCCUGCCUCAGAAUAUGCACCCCCACAUCACCCUACGUUACCAGCUACUGCUUACGAAACACCCCUACAGAGAUACCAGCCACCGAACAAGGAUUAUUUGCCACCGAAACCUGUACCACACGGGACUGUUUUACCUGAUUGGCUGGUGAGCAUUAAAAAAGGCCAUAGUCCUCCAGGAUACAAAGAUGAGCCUCAUGGUUAUGCCCCAAAUCCGACCCCACCUCCAGGCUAUCACCCAGACCAUUCCACAAGAAGGGAGCAUUCAUCAAGCCCAAAACCUCCAGCUUAUUAUGAAACUGUCUAUCAAUCACCUGGUGCUACAUAUUAUGCCCCUAAACCUGUAUACCACCCCCCUGAGACUUCGUACCAUCUUCCUGAACCCGACCAUUUCCUUCUUGAAAAUCCACAGUCGACACCAAACCCAGUUUACUCCUUUCCUGUGGGAAUCUACCAGCCACCCCUCAGAGAAUACCUCCCCACCACUGCUAGAUCGGUUUCUGCCCAAGUUUAUGUUCCCCCCAAAGUUUCACCGGAUGUUCUCAGUGCUCCCGAACUUCCCGUAAGAGAUUAUCACAUAGCAACAACCAAGACUUCUUAUAUCCCACCACCACCUCCACCUUUGCAUCUCCCCAUCGACCCCACUUACCUACCGCCGACCAAAGAGCCAUCAGUUAACUACCUCCCUCCCAAUCUUGACUAUCGCGCUCCAGCUGGUUAUGAUGGCCCCAUAACAACCCAUCCACCACCUUCCUUAACCUACGAUCCUCCCAGUCAUCCAGAGCCGGAUUAUAUUACUCCAUUUUACUCCAAGCCUGAUUACGCUCCCACUGUAAGUCCUGCAUCAGAUUAUCAUCCCUUGGCCCCCCCUGAUCCUGACUAUGUUCUUCCAAUACAUCUUGAGCCAGACUAUCACCCUCCGACUCACCCAGAACCUUCCCAUGCUUUGCCAUCCUUCCCCAAGACAGACUCUCCUCCUCACCCAAAAUCAGUGUAUGUCCCACCAGCGACUCCAAAACCACACCUCACCACUGUACUUAUCAUGCCUCAUACAACAGUCAGCCCUCCAUAUGUUCCUACAACCUCCCCCAGACAAGAUUACAUCCCUCCAGCCUCCCCUAAGCCAGAUUAUGAUCCUCCUGCUAUUCCAAAGCCAGAAUAUAUCCCCCCUGUUGCCCCUAAGCCAGAAUACGCUCCACCAGUUACAUCUAAGCCAGAUUACAUUCCCCCCGCUGUUCCUAAUCCAGAAUACAUUCCACCGAAGACCCCAAAACCUGACUACGAUCCACUCACUACAUCUAAGCCAGAUUAUGUCCCUCCAAAGACUCCUGUUCCUCAUCGUACUCCUACAGCACCUCCAACAAGCUCUCGCAUCACCACCUACAAGCCUACACUCGACACUAAACUGCAAAAUCUACAGGAUUUCAGUCAUCCUGGUAUUGGUCGAGUGUUCUCCAAUCUCCGCCCUUCCUCGUCACCAGGACACAACGAGGUUUCGACUUAUUCUCCACCUGUUUACACUCCUACCACCUAUGAACCCGGGUACAACGAUCUUCCCAUCAGUGCCGAACCUCUACAACGUCAUCCUCCGACUGACCCGCCCCACUACCCGCCUGACUACGACGACUAUUAUUACUACUACGAUGACAACGAUGAUGACUACUACUACUAUUACGAUGACGUCGAUGACUAUUAUUACUACUACGAUGACUACGACUAUGCACCAUAUCAUCCGCCAGUACGAAGACCUCACCACCUUAGCAGACACCCCAGCUACAUCCCUGACAAUGAGAUCCUCGAUUUUGGGUAUAUUGCCGGCAUCCCAGGUCGAGCUGGGAGAGACUACCCCAUCCUAAGCUACAUCCCUCUCACCUCCUUCGGUUGUGACCUUGUAGCUGAUUACCCAGGCUACUAUGCUGACAUGGAGGCUGGCUGUCAGGUGUUCCACAUCUGUCACCGCAGUGGCCGCCAAGAUUCCUUCUUGUGCCCAAAUGGCACCAUCUUUAACCAGAAGUACUUCGUGUGCGACUGGUGGUACAACUUCGCCUGCGAGGACGCACCCUUUUUCUACCCUGUAAAUGCUGCUAUUGGUCACCCUGGCGUACCACUUCACAGAAAUGCAUUUGAGCCUGAUCUCCAUGUCAUCCACCAUCUACCACCCCUCCAUCCCCAACAGUACCACCAUGCCACUCCCAUCCCCUUUCACUACACCCCUCACCAUGCCACCCUCCUGCACGAAACAAACGCAGCCUCUCCACCAUCAUCGAACUCUCCACCAUAAUCGAUACACGUAUCACCACAUCUACAAGUUAGCAUCAAGCCUCAUCUGGGUCACCUCGACCCCAACUAUGCCUCACUAGGCUAGACAGAACAUCCCCAUAUCAAUUGAAAUCCGUUAUUUAUGUCUUGUAAGAUAUCCAGCAAGUGUCAUUUUCAAACCUUCAGCUGAAACUAUGGUGUACAGUAUAGUGUGUGAAAUUGAGAACGUUGAACAACUGUGAAAAAAGAAGAAUAUGCAAAUUGUAUAUAGUGAAAGAUUACAUCCUUGUUCAUUCUUGAGAACAUUCAGAAGUUAAAAAAAGAUUGAUCGUUCUUGAUGAGAAACUGGGCAAGCAGGCUCAAAUCCUAUUGAAAAAAAACAAACACCCAAUGAAAAUUAUGUGAAUCCAUCUUUGACCCUGCCUCAUAGAGUAAAAUAUAAGAAUUAAUCUGGUAUCACUGACAGUACAGUAAGACUGUAUUAGUAAUUAUCCAUUUAUAAUUUUUGGGGGAGGGGAGGGGUUAAAGAAAGUCUUCUAGAAAAAUUUAACGAAGUUGUGUACAGUAUUUAUUUCCACACAAUACUUAGACUAUUCACAACUCGUUUCAGCACCGAGUUCCCACUAAGAGCAGAUCCAAACAAUUAAAGCUUUUUGUUUCAUGAUCAAUUAGAUCAACCAAAGACAAAGUUGCAAUGAUUUGUCAGUUUGUUUCGAGUAUCAUCACUUUCCAUGAAUAAUUGACUUAUUUUACUUACAAAUGAAAUAAAAGUGUUCUUAGAAUAAGAAGAGCUUUGAUGAGGCCAAUGGAAAGUUAUAGUGUAAAACUUAAUUUAUCAGGAAGAUUAACUAACACUGAGACAAUGCAUCAUCAGUAUAGUCGAAGGUCAUCCUGCAGUGGAGGUCACUUUGAUUUAAAUACAAUAUAUUUGUCAGCUGAUACCCAAGCCUAGUGUAGUUUCCAUUUAUAUUUCUCACUGUGGUAAUCUAGUCCCAUGCAGUUAUUAUUUUGUGUAGCCUAGCUUAUAUAUAUAUAUAUAUAUAAAUUGCUUAAUAUUGAUAAUUUUUAUGUAUUUCUUUUCUUUGGAACUUCUGACAGACCAUAGACGAUCAUUUAGAUAUACGUACAUAAUACCUUAUCUAGCAUACUCCAGAUAUAAUUUGACUAUAUUACGAAGGUAAAUGACGUCUUAAAUGAAACGGAGCAAAUUUGGCUCUACUGUAUUCAAAUUAAUUUCAGUUAUUUUGAAAACCAAAACUGUCAUUUACUUUGUAAAGAUUAAUCAACGGCUAUCCCUAUCUAUGUGUUCUUUUUUAUUUACAAUUCCGAAUCAUAUAUGUACUGUAUGCUUUGAGCAUUAAAAUGGAGAAAGUUCCUUAGGAUGUUCUGAUCAGAAUUGCAAAUUAUAGUUUUAAGAAGAUUCUAAUGCUUGUUUUAGUUAGAUUUCUGCCUUUUAGUUUGUGUAUUAAAUUACUGUACAGAGAAGUAAUAUUUUUGUAUGAAGAAUUUAUUAUAUGAUACCUGUACUUGUAGAUGUUUAAGUCAAUAAGCAGGCAUGUCCAUAUUUGUUAUAUCAUUGUUAUAAACUGUUUACUGUAUAUGAUAAGUGAAUUAAAUGUUUUUUAACUCAUACAGAGUUAUACUCUAUCUCGUUCAAUUGUUUAAUGUCGUUAGAAUAGUGUAAUUACGAACCUUGCUAUGUGCUUAACACACCAUGGUGCACAUCCACAGUCUUAUGUCUUGUGUGCGGAAUCCGACCGUCUUCUGUGGUGGAAUCAUACCGUAAACUGAGGCGGAAUCCUAUCCUAUUCUUGGGCGGAAUCAUACCGUAUUCUGAGGCGGAAUCCUAUUUCGACCUACUGGGACAUAGUCGGACAUAUUCCAACCAAUUUUGUCCAAGUUGGACAAAACCCUGCAGAACCUAACCUAACGUAUUUUUUCUUCGUUUGUUUUUGGACUUUUUGGACCUAUUUUGCCACUUAUGGGUUUUCGAGGUCAUUUCUUGGUGCUUGUGUAUUAUUCUGGAUGUACUAAAAUAGUU